AUGUCGAAUUUCGAGCAGUUUCACUUCGACUUUUACCAGUCCAAUUAUACCAUAGAUGACCAAGAAGAAGUUUGCAACAGUUCUGGGUCUAAGGAAAAUCUUAGUGGAAGCAGAAAGAGGCAGACAGGAGAGCAAUCUGCAGCCAGUGCUUUUGUGCCAUCAGAAAUACUUCCAUCCUCCCAGAACUACACAGGUCAGAUUCUGCAGCCAACAUACAACCCCAACGCCUUCUCUCACCUUGAUUAUGCUGAUGGAUUUGAUGAGGAGCCUCCUUUGCUGGAAGAACUUGGAAUCAAUUUUGAGCAUAUAUGGCAGAAAACAUUAACAGUUCUAAAUCCACUGAAGCCUGCAGAUGGCAGCAUUAUGAAUGAAACAGACCUCACUGGACCUGUGGUCUUCUGUUUGGCCCUGGGAGCAACGUUGCUGAUGGCAGGAAAAGUUCAUUUCAGCUAUGUGUAUGGCAUGAGUGCCAUUGGGUGUGUUGCUAUGCAUGCCCUGCUGAACUUGAUGAGUGUCUCAGGAGUCUCUCAUGGUUGUGUUGCAAGUGUCCUGGGCUAUUGCCUGCUGCCCAUGGUGAUCCUGUCCUCUUCUGCAGUCAUCUUCUCACUACAGGGGACCCUGGGCACUUUGUUAACUCUGUUUAUCGUUGGAUGGUGCAGUUUGUCAGCCUCCAAAAUUUUCACCUCUGCCUUGGCCAUGGAAGGACAACAGCUUCUUAUUGCCUACCCCUGUGCUUUACUUUAUGGACUUUUUGCACUGCUAACAGUUUUCUGAGCUGUAUUUUCUGGCAGCCUGAUUAUAGGCUGUUUAUGGUUGUUGUAGGGAACAGGGGUUGUUUACUUGUUUUUAGAUUGCCUGCAGCUGCAUUUAGUUCCAUUAACAAAAUUAGAUUAUAUGACUUACCUUUUACUUGCCUAA